AGCGGAUAAAAUGAAAGAAUACAAAUCGAGAACCCAAACUUCGCUGUUAUCUUCUUCUUCUUCGGGACAGAUCUACGAGCUAGGGUUUCGUUCGACGCCGCUUGUCCCCCUGAUCGAGAUGGGGAUCUGGGAAUCUUUCCUCAAUUGGCUUCGAAGUUUGUUCUUUAAACAGGAAAUGGAACUCUCCCUAAUUGGCCUUCAAAAUGCCGGAAAGACAUCUCUGGUUAAUGCCAUUGCAACUGGUGGCUACAGUGAGGACAUGAUUCCAACUGUGGGUUUUAAUAUGCGUAAAGUUACAAAAGGAAAUGUGACCAUAAAACUGUGGGAUCUUGGAGGACAACGAAGAUUUCGUACUAUGUGGGAGCGUUACUGUCGUGGAGUUUCUGCAAUACUGUACGUAGUAGAUGCUGCUGACAGGGAUAGCGUUCCUAUAGCCAAAGCCGAAUUGCAUGACCUGCUGACAAAGCCAUCCUUGAAAGGGAUUCCUUUGCUUGUCCUCGGGAAUAAGAUUGACAAAUCAGAAGCUCUUUCCAAGCAAGCAUUAGUUGAUCAACUAGGUCUAGAGUUUAUAAACGACCGGGAGGUUUGCUGUUAUAUGAUCUCGUGCAAGGAUUCCAUCAACAUAGAUGUUGUCAUCGACUGGCUUAUCAAGCACUCAAGAACAGCAAAAUAAGAAAAGAUUGUCGCAAAAGCUGCUGAUAUCUUGCGGCAAACUGAGGUGAAAGUGGAUGAAUGUGGUUUCAGACUGCUUUACAUUAUAUGAUCGCAAGAGAAAUCUACCGUGGCGCAUUUGUUGCAUAUCCUGGGAGUUCAGUAAAGAGUGGUAACUCUUGUGUGCUGAGACUUCCGUAACAUUGUACUAAAUCUAGUGUCACUUACUAUUUUGUACAGUUAUUUUAGUCUAUCAGUUAUUUUACUUUUGUACUGUCGAAA